CCCACCUUAACACACUUACCUUCACCACUACCUCCAUCCCGCCUCACCCUCACACACAAAGCUCUCCGAACCACCCAAAAGCAAUGGCAUCUCGAGGCGGCGGCGGCGGUCGGCGCGUCCUCCUCCCACCAAUCAACUUCAUCUUCAAACUCUUGCAAUCCCACGCAACGGUUCAAAUAUGGCUCUACGAGCAAUUAGCCAUCCGCAUCGAGGGAAAGAUCAGAGGCUUCGAUGAGUUCAUGAACCUCGUCAUUGACGAUGCGGUGGAGGUUAAGCUCAAGACUAAGGACGAAGAGGAGAGCCGGAGGGAAUUAGGGCAGAUAUUACUCAAAGGGGAUAACGUUUCGUUGAUACAGAGUCUGUAGUUUUGGUGCUGGAGAGGGCCGGCUGAGGAUUGGGCGGGGAUUUAUGCGUUUCCUUUUUUAUAUAUAUACACUUCAGACGGCGUCAGUUGGAUUGGGCCCGGUCCGACGGACGGGACGGGCCUCCGACGACAAAAAUAAUGAGAAACCCUUCUCAGUACCAUG